CCAUUGUGAGAUUAUUACUUGUUUGAUCACGGACCGUGAUUCACGAAAAUGUAGGAACGACGAGGAGAGGAAGGGGAGGUUGAUGCCGCUGCCAUGAGAGCUAGGAGAGAUGAGGUUCGAGACGCAAAGAGAGCGGAGGAAGGCAAUAAAGGUGGUGGUGAUGCGUCGAUAUCGACGCGCAGCGUACAUGUACCGGGAAUCUACGCUCGCCUGGACGAUCUAAGAGGGGAAGAGCUGCAGUUGCUGGCAAAUCGCUGCAAAAAGUCUGAUGCUCUAAGCCUGAGUCAGAUGCAGCUGAAUCCCAUCGGGAAAUAUCAUACUCGGUUCAUCAAGGACGCGUAUCCGAUCGCUGGCUCGCAGCUGAAGCUCGAGAAGGAACGCGAGAUGGAGAUCGCUGCCAAGAGAAAAUUGCUGCUUGCCGGUGCAUUGUCGAUUGGGAGGAAGUCGCUUAGCUCUGUGGAGAUGGACGGCGGUGUUCUUGGCGUGGGCUUGGAACGUGCCCAUGGACGCUCGAAGCUGGAACAAUAUUUUGGUCAACUCAGGACAUCAUUGACAAGCAAGCAGGAUAAAGUGCGACAAACUGAAGAUGAACGGCAGAUUCGACUGUGUGAGGUGCAACACCGAGAAGGAAUGGAGCAGUUUUGGAGGUUGAUGCAUGCAGCUCCGAAAUGUGAAGUGAUAGCAUGGCUUACAUUCCAUUCCUUCUUGGAUGUGAAUAUCCCUGUGAGCUUCGUUUCCAGUGGCAGCGCCAACGAGAUUGUUGUUCGUGAAGACAGAACUUUGGGCGUCACUCCGCUUAUGGCUGCAUGCCGUUCAUUGUGUGUUGAGCUUGUGCGCUGUCUACUGGAACAAGGAGCAGUAGUGUGGCUUGCUACGGCAAACGGUGACACUGCACUCCAUUUCCUAUGGAGAGAUUGGUUACUAGGAGCUACGGAUACGAUGAAAGAUGUCGCUGAGCUGCUGUUACGAACUCAACGUCUUCAAGACAUUAUUGCUGCUCUAAUAGCCCAAGGAAUUGAUAUCAAUGCCACGAACGCAUUUGGAGAGACCGCGUUGCAAUUUUGCGCUCGCUAUGGUCUACGUGACUGCGCGAAAUUACUCCUUGAGCAUGGCGCCGAUGCAUUCUCACGCGACCGAAAGGGACACUCCGCUGUAGAUUACGCUCGCGACAAUCACUAUGAGAGUCUUUAUCAGUUGCUCCUCCACUACAACUCAAUCAAGCGAGUUGAUGCCAGAGAGAAGGAGCGAACAGAAGCAAAUACGCUGCUUAAUCGGAAACGUGGAGCAUUGACGGCCAGUUGGUCUCAAACACCAGAGAGUUUCUUCACCAAACUCAAGGUGGAACAGGCGCGUGCGGGACAUCUACGAAACCAGUUCGUUGACUGUAGAGGCCAAGUGAUCGUAUGUACGGACGAAGACGAGUAGCUCGGAUACAACUUGGUAUAAAAAUCGUCUAAAUUGUGUU